CGGUGGCGUAGUGGCUCUGUCUCUCCUCUCCUCCUCCUUUCUCCUUCGUCAGUCUCGAGGAGACCUCUCUCGGAGCUAGAGAGGAGAGGUCGGAAGUGUCUCUCCGCCAGCAGCCUCUCUCCUCAGCCCUCCCGCAGCUCUACCAUGGCUUUGGGGGGUAAAAGAGUCUUUUGGAUUAUCUCUCGGCUCGCACUGCUUCUCUCCUGCAGCGGGACAUCCGCAGGAGCAGAUGGGUGUGACAGUGCGCUGUUGUCCAACCUGCCCCCAUCAUCCUUCAGAAGCUCCUCCCAGUUGUCCAGCAGCCAUGCAGCAGGUUAUGCCAAACUCAACAGAAGAGAUGGAGCUGGAGGCUGGUCUCCUCUCAUCUCAGACGCUUAUCAGAGGCUGGAGGUCGACCUUGGGGAGCGAACCAAGAUCACCGCUGUGGCCACGCAGGGGCGCUACGGCAGCUCUGAUUGGCUGACGUCUUACCUGCUGAUGUUUAGCGACACGGGUCACAACUGGAAACAGUACAGACAGGAGGACAGUCUGGGGUCAUUUCCUGGAAACAGUAAUGCAGACAGUGUGGUUCAGCACAAGCUGCAGCAGCCCGCCGUCGCUCGCUUCCUGCGCCUUAUUCCUCUGGACUGGAAUCCCAGCGGGCGCAUUGGACUCCGAGUGGAAACCUACGGAUGUCCCUACACCUCUGAUGUGGUGAGCUUUGGCAGCGACGGCACCAGCAGCCUGGUGUUCAGGCCCAGUCCCGGACUUGAACAAAAGUCCAAGGAGGUCGUCUCCCUGGAGUUUAAAACAAUGAAGAAUUCUGGGAUGUUGCUGCAUGCAGAGGGACAACAUGGAUUCAGCCUCAGUCUGGAGCUGGACAGAGGAAAACUGCUUUUGCUGCUUAGACAAGCCAGCGGUCCAUCCUCUGAGCCCCGGCGUCUCGCCUCCCUCGGCAGUAUGUUAGACGAUCAGCAUUGGCACCAUGUAGGGUUGGAGCAGCAACACUCCCACCUUAACCUCAGUGUGGACAAACACAUGGAGAAAAUUCAGAUCCCUGUGCUCAGCAACUGGAGCAUCAGACAGUUGAGUGUUGGGGCGUCACAGAGGCCAGAUUUCUUCAAGGAGAACUUCCAUGGCUGCUUGGAAAACCUGCUUUAUCACGACCUCAACCUGAUCGAGCUGUCUAAACACGGAGACCCACAAACGUCCCUGCAGGGUAACGUGAGUUUUUUCUGCCCUGAGCCGACUUCUGUUGCCGUGACGUUUCCUGAGCCCCAGAGCUUCCUCCAGCUGCCGUGGUCAACGUCAUUCUCAUCAGGGACUUUGUCAAUCGGAUUCCAGUUCAGAACAUGGAACAAGGCGGGGCUUCUGACCACCUUUGACCUUCCUCAGCAGAAGGGAGUGGUCUGGUUGUACCUUAGUGAGGCCAAAAUCUGCUUCCAAAUACAUAAAGCAGGCAUAAAACUGCUGGAGAUCAAUGCUGGUUCUGCUUUGAAUGAUGGUCAGUGGCAUUCAGUGGAUUUCAUCUCAAGACACGGCCAUCUAACGGUCUCUGUGGAUAAAGACAAAGGUGGCGUCGCUCACGCUACCUCAGGGUUGCCAGUCAACGUCGCAAAUCAUAUUUUCUUUGGAGGUUGUCCUGGUGAAGGCCAGAAGCAGGAAUGCAGAAACCCUUUUGAAGGUUUCCAGGGUUGCAUGCGUCUUAUUACCUUGGACAACCAAUUAGUUAACCUGAUCACGGUGCAGCAAAGACUUCUGGGAAACUACAGCCAACUGCAGAUCGACAUGUGUGGCAUCACUGACAGGUGUUCUCCCAGUCACUGUGAACAUGGCGGGGUCUGCACUCAGUCCUGGUCAGCCUUCCAGUGUAACUGCUCUGACAGCGGCUACAACGGAGCUACCUGCCACAGCUCGGUGUUCGAAUCGUCCUGCGAAGCCUACAAACACAACGGCAACACGUCUGGGUAUUUCUAUAUCGAUGUGGAUGGCAGCGGACCAAUCAAACCACAGCUGGUGUUCUGCAACAUGACAGAGGAAAACACGUGGUUGGUGAUCCAGCACAACAACAGCGAGCUGACCAGAGUGCGGUCGUCUCCCGGUGUAAACCAGCAGGCAGUUCGCUUUGAAUACCCGGCGGAGGAGGAGCAGCUCCUCGCUGUCAUCCGCCAAUCAGAGCACUGCCAGCAGGAGCUGUCCUAUCACUGCAGGAAGUCCCGCCUCCUUAACACUCAAGAGGGCUCUCCGUUCAGCUGGUGGCUCGGUGGUCCCAGUCCCGGCCGGGUCCAGACCUACUGGGGAGGGGCUCAUCCAGGCAGCCAGCAGUGUGCAUGUGGCCUGCAGGGCAACUGUGUGGAUCUGCAGCACUACUGCAACUGUGACGCCGACCGCAGCGAGUGGACUGAAGAUUCAGGGCUGGUCACCCAUAAAGGAAACCUCCCGGUGCGCUCCCUGGUGCUGGGUGACGUCCAGCGGCCGGGUUCAGAGGCAGCCUACAGAGUGGGACCUCUCCGUUGUCGUGGCGACAAAAACUUCUGGAACGCAGCGUUCUUCGACAAGGAGACGUCGUACCUCCACUUCCCCACCUUUCACGGAGAGCUGAGCGCCGACAUCUCCUUUCUCUUUAAAACCACGGCCUCCUCCGGGGUGUUCCUGGAAAACCUGGGCAUCAAAGACUUUAUCCGCAUCGAACUGAGCUCCUCCACUCAGGUUGUCUUCUCCUUCGAUGUCGGGAACGGCCCGCUGGAGGUUUCUGUCUACUCCAGUGUCCCGCUGAAUGACAACCGCUGGCAUCAAGUUCGAGCCAAACGCAACGUCAAAGAGGCCUCGCUUCAACUGGAUGGACUUCCUGUGGUUAGGCAGCAGGCGACUGCUGACGGACACUUCCACCUGCAGCUCAACAGCCAGCUUUUCAUAGGUGGAACAGCGUCCAGACAGAAGGGCUUCCGUGGUUGUAUUCGCUCUCUGCAGCUGAACGGCGCCACUCUGGAUCUGGAGGAAAGAGCGAAGAUCACGCCGGGGGUCCGACCCGGCUGUCCGGGUCACUGCAGCAGCUACGGCUCGCUCUGCCACCACCAGGGCCGCUGCGUGGAGAAAGACAACGGCUUCCACUGCGACUGCAGCCAGUCUGCAUACAGCGGAGUCUUCUGCCACACAGAAGUUUCAGCCAUCUUUAAGCCUGAAACAUCUAUCAGCUACAUCUUCAAGGAGCCCUUUGAGUUCAGCAGGAACAGUAGCACUUCACCCCCCUCCAUCUCCUCCAACAUGCCACCAAAGGGGGAGGACAUCUCUCUGAGCUUCAGGACCACCCAGAGUCCGGCUCUGCUGCUGUUGGUCAGUUCCGUCCGCAGACAGUACCUGACUCUGCUCAUCAGCAGGCACGACAUGCUGGAGGUGAGAUACAAGCUGGACAGCAGCCAAGAGGCUGAAGUGCUGAGGAGCGGUGGGAGGAGUCUGGCUGACGGACAGCUGCACUCACUUCACAUCAGGAGGCUGACGGACUCUGUGUAUGUGCAGGUUGAUCAAAGUCCCAGAGAGGAGUUCAACCUCACAUCCAGUGGAGAAUUCACGGACAUCCGGGCGCUUGUUUUGGGCCGAGUGCAUGGAUUUGAUGACUUGGAUCCAGACCUGGCCCGGCUCGGGUCCCUUGGUUAUAGCGGUUGUCUGUCAGUGGUUCGCUUUAACUCGGUCAGCCCCCUAAAAGCCGCACUUCUGCACCCGAACAACAGUCCUGUUGUGAUAUCCGGACCUUUAGUGCAGUCCAGUUGUGGUUCUGCAGCUUCUGCCAACCCAUAUGCAGCUGAGAACACACACCGCCUGUCAGAUGACCCCGGCUCGAUGGGCUCAGGCCAACCUUUAGUCAACGCCAUGAAGACGGACUCAGUUCUGAUUGGAGGUGUCAUAGCUGUGGUCAUCUUUGUGGUGAUGACAAUCCUGGCUAUAACUGCUAGAUUCCUCUACCGGAGGAAAGAGACGUAUCACAGCCAGGAGGUGAAGGAAGUCAAACAGGAAGACAGUCAGGAUUUCCAUUACAACCACCAGGCUGACUCCCACAGCGUCUCCGGCGAAAACCCGAAGGAGUUUUUCCUGUAACCUGCGGCGUGCAGGGGUUUCUGGAGCGCUCUGGCUCAGGACUUCACACUGCACUGCGAGCCGGUCCCACUCUUCCAUGGACGCUGUGGCUCCACACAACAAUGGGUGCACAGUUUUGUGUUUCACUGUAAAUUGUGUACAUGACAGCACUGAAGGGUGUUCUUGUUUCAACAUGUGUAGAUAUUUCAGCUGUAAAUGUUGUAGUUCUGCCACAGUAAAACGUCAUGUGUUUAACUUAUUUCUCCAUUGCACCGAGUCAGAGGGCUUCAUGUCAUCCAACAGCAGACUCUUUUCUACCAGGAAUAAAUGAAUGUUUGCUUGGUUUGAAAGGGAAUAUUUUACCCAUAACCAGGCCCUGCCAGUCGGAGCUGCUCUUAAAUCCGGUUUAUUCUGCUUGCAGCUUCAAGGGAAUUAAACGAGGCACUCAGCAGAGGUUCUUAGGCACUUAUUGAACACCUUAAUCCUUAAAUUAUUCCUAAAAACGCCCACUUAAAGCAGAAAAUUUUAGAUUUCUGAAUGUUUUCUAACAAAUUGGCAUGUACUUUUUCAUCUAUUUAAAGCACUAAUUACUGUGAGUGACAGAUGCAUAAUGAAGUUAAUAAAAACGUUCCUAACACAGAGUGGGUACGGUAGCGAGAUUAAUGGGUUAUUUUGGUGUCUUGCCUAAAGCCUUCCUUUUUUCUGACUGUCACCGCGGCUUUUUAGGCAGAUGAACCGUUCCUGCAGAGAUUUACAGCUUAGUGUAGUUUCAAAAACCACCACGUUCUCUGAUGCAACAUUUACGAGCAGGAUUGUGUUUAGCACAGAGCAAGUUUAUUGUUAUCUCUGUUAUUUCACUGUGAUUUGACCAAAGUGGUGUCUUCUAGUUUGAAAAUGAUCCAGAGAACAUUUGAAUGCUUCCAGAAUGUGUUGAAAAUUCCAGAUUUCUAGAGCUCUGUUUUUCCCCAUGGGAGAUUUCAUCCAUUCACUUAAAGGGAGUGUUCUUAAAAGUAUUAGCCUGUCUUUUUUUAUUAUUAUGAAUAUAUACGUUUUUUAGCAUCGAAUAAUCCAGAUUAUAAAAAAUGAAAUAAAAAAGAAUGAAAAAGAAAAUGCACACCGCAUUUCUUUACAAGUAAAGUAUCCUGCUUUUAUUUAAAGAAAUAAGAAAAUGUCACUUAUGAGGCAAAAACGAAUGUGCCAGUGACAUUUCUACAAGUUGGGUCAGUAAUGUUUAUCAUAGAUACACUUUCACUGUGAGAAACAGAAAGGAGAAAAAGAAAAAUCACAUCGUCUGAUUUGUGGGGCAACUUGCAGAAUCAGAAAUACUUUAUUGAUCCCACACGUGGGAAAUUUGUUCGUUACGAUAACAACUGACGGAGAAAAAAAGACUAAGAAUAAUAUAAAAUAAUAAUCUGUGACAUCCAAAUACUUUUUUUGCAGAGUGAGAGCUGUUGUCUUCUAAGGUAGAAAAUCUGAAUUAGUAAAAAGCUUUUAAGAUAAGAUAUUCCUUUAUUAGUCCCACGAUGGGGAAAUUUCCUAAAUUUUACAAUAGUUACCAACCAACAAAACUGACUCCAAAGACAGAAAUAGAACUUAUCAGCUGGAUAAAAGGAGCAGAACAACAUGAGAACAAAGGCAAACCACACUCCAAUCAGUAAAGGUCAGAGGUCAUAAUUCAGCAGUAAAAAGAGACAGUUGUUUGUUGUUUGUUUUGCUAAAUUAAUCCACCCUUUCAACCUCAAGCUAAACCCUGGAUAAAUACCACACAAGAAGUUUUUUUUGGCCCACUGUAAGUUUUGUAGAGGCCCAACCAAAGGUUGAGUGUCGACCUCAAACAGCCAAUCCUGAUGGAAACCCAUCAACGUGUUACACUUUCUUCAGGUAUUGCAAACCCAGAAUUAUAGAUGUGGAUUUUCAAAGUGGUACUUCUGCAAGUGCCAAUCAAAGAAAAAUAAACUGGUUGAUAGUAAAACGGUAAAUGACAAGUUAAUGCACCAAAGGACAAAAUAUAGAUAAAGAUAUGUAAAAGUUUUUAAAAUCAAUUUGAUUUAUUCAUUUCAAAUGUCUUAAAAAUGCUAAAAAUAAGCUUAACGCCUUUUUUUUGCUAAUGUUUAAUUUAUUUCCCAUAACACAGUAACUCCUUUAUGUCAUAUAAUUUGCAAUUUACCAAAUAAUCCAGGACUACACUUCAUUUAGGAUCACCUUGAAUGGAGGCACUGAAGAAUAUUGUUGUUCAAAUAAAUUCAGCCAUGAAGAGGAUAACUGUUUUUGUUUUGUAAUAGAUUUCAUCCUAGAAGCACCAUAUAUGGUACUUCAUAUUCCAUAUUCCCUCUUAGCUUUGCUUGAACUAUAAGGAACAUAACUUACAUGAGCACAGAUACCAGUGAAACAGAAAUGACACUUUGUCAUCAAUUUUCUUUAAUCGUCUGCUAUGUUUUGCACAUUGCUUCUCUCAGAAAUGUAAGUAUGUUUUUCUUUAUCAGUGACCAUUCCUGUGCCUCACAACAAUUCUUUUUUUUUUUAAGUAAAUGAAUUUCUUUACUUCUGUUUGAUUAGUUUCAUUUUUUUUUCUUUUUAAAAUAAGUAUUGCCAUGUUUUGGGGAGCUUUCCAGUAGCAGCUUGCGCAGGUUGCUCACUGUGUUGUUGAAGUUUUCUCUUCCCCGCUGGUUGCUGCUUGCAGGAAACUUCUCUCUGAGCUCUCUUAAUGUCUGUGAACAGUAAAGCUUUUAACUCUGACAGUUGGCUGCACGCUGAGGCAGUUAAUGUGCUGUCGAGGUGCUAAUCGCCUUCGAUCUGACAGGUGGUUUGUGAUUCGGUGUCAAGCAGGGAGAGAUGAUGAAAAUGAGGCAGGCAAAAAAAAAACGGACGUUGUGAAGCAGACGUGGUUAAAACGAAAACACAUUAUGAUAUUUGCACUAGAAAAUGAGGCAAAUCCCUCCAAGUGUGAACCGAGCUCGUGUGUGAGGAACGCUGCUGAUGGGAAGAGGAUGAGAAGCCGAGGGGAUCCGCAGCAGCUGUUUCUCCACACAUCCCAUCGUCUCCAUGGCAACCCAAUGAUCGAACUUUAAUGGCUAAACUUUUUAAGUAAUCCGAGAGCACCUUUUUUCUUUCUUUUUGGUGCAUUGUCCUUGCAGCAGAGCUGGUUUUGUCAGGGCCUCUUCAGUGAAUGUUUUUGCUCUCAGCUCAGUAAAUAUGGUUGAAAUGAGUAAAUAUGAACAUUGCAGACUGGAAGUUUUAAAGAGGGAAAACGGCUGGAUUGCACGCUGCAUAUGGAGACAGGAAAAGGGAAGAGCCAGAGUGCUGCUUUUACUAUCUGCUUCCACUGAAUAUGCAGAAGAACUUUAGCAGCAGGACAGAAAACGGAUGCUGAGAGGAGGACGAGCAGAGGCGACUCACUGAUGCUCAAAGAGUCUUCUCAUCUCUUCACAUCCAAGUUCAUAAAGUCUUUCUUUCUCACACAAUGUUGAAGAGAGAUUUCAUUUUGAAUGCAUAAAAAAAUGGGUAAAAUCUUUGUGAAAAAUGAGUUUUUGCUUUUUUUUCCAAACCACAUACCAGGUAUUUUCAAUUUUAUAUAUAUAUAUAUAUAUAUAUUUGAACUAAAACAUCGCUACAUUUGUGGGACCCUCAGUUGUUUUACAUCCUUGUUUCCUUAUCUGGCUAUUAGCUGCAGACAAUAGUGUAACCAAUGUUGACAAGAGAAAAAAGGAAUCCUGAUCAACAAUAUUUAAUAGCUUAGUUCAUUGGGAACAGUUUAAACUUUUCUUAUUAUUUUGUUCUGUUUUCAUGGUCUUAAUUCUAACUAUUUUUGUUUGUUGAAGACCCACUUUGAUGAAAAAUUGUGUUUUUGGUGUUUUUAAGAUGUUUUUUUCUGAUAAUUGAGGACAUUUUUAAAGAAAAUUCAGCUUAAAAUGCAUUUCUGGGUAUUGCUUUAGUGAAAUCGUUAAAGAACGAUUUGCAAAAAGAGUGUAUUUGUGAUGUAGAAAAUAAGCCAGGCAAGCCACAAGCUCCUUGCUCUGAGUUCUCAGAGCUCCACGACAACAGCCCCAGAGAUUAUUGAGCUCCUGCAGCUCUGCAGAAACUAUGUCCCACAAAAUGAUAUAGGUCUUCUGAUUUUACCUAAAAGCGGCACACUAACAAUUAAUAAUAAUUCUUACUAAUUACAGGAAACAUUCACCAGAGGCAUUUCCUCCUCACAACCUACCCUCAUCCAGAAAAAAGAUCUAAAUUUGAUCAAAAUCAAUCGACAUGUAUUUCCUGUGGGACACAAAGCUGCAUUUCUGCCUUAAAAAUAGAUUUAAAAAAAAACUCAUCAUUAAGAACUAUCAUAGAUAAUGGUACAAAAGAAUCUAAUUGAAGUAUAAAGAUGUAUUAAAAUAUAGGUAAAUGUUUGCAGUGUUUUCUAACUUUACUUUCAAACCUGUAUCAUUAAAAUUGUUUAAAUGUAUUUCCUCAAACUUGAUCUUUUUUGUUAGUUUUUUUAGUCUAAUUUUAUCAUUGCUCCCCCUAAAGAAGACAUUUGAUUAAAUGCACUUUUAUUUAGUAAAGUAAUUCUUUCUGUUUGUAUUUGCUCCGUUUGCAAAGGAUGUUUAGAGGAACUGGGUCGCCUGUGUGUUGAUGUGCUGCUCAACCAGAUUUCUAAGUGCAUUAUUUUGCUCCGUCGACCCUUUUUAUGACCAAAUUGAUGUGUAUUGGGGUUUUUUUUUUGUAUAAACAUAAAAGGAGUGUAGGCGUUGUUGUGCCAGGGCAGGUUUUCUCUUUUUUAAUGACAGUGGUGUGUUUUUCCUCUAACAGUGCACUUGUUAUUAACUUAAGCUGUUGUCUGAUGUAACUGCAAACAGUGAUGUGGGUGUGAUUCAUUUCACAUAGAAUUAUUCAAAUUUUUUGGGAGAAAUGUGGAUGUUUGUCGACAAUAAAGACAUGGUUUUGUAACGGGU